AUGUGUGGGAUUACUGCUGUCAGGGUUGUAACACUACCCUCUUCCUCACAGGUGGCCUUGCCAGCUCUGUCCCCCACGAUGCAGAUGGGCACUAUUGCGCGCUGGGAAAAGAAGGAAGGCGAAAAGAUCAAUGAAGGGGAGCUCAUAGCAGAGGUGGAGACAGACAAAGCAACAGUUGGCUUUGAGAGCUUGGAGGAAUGCUACUUGGCCAAGAUCCUGGUGCCAGAAGGAACAAGAGAUGUUCCUAUUGGGGCCAUAAUAUGUAUCACAGUAGAAAAGCCUGAAUAUGUUGAUGCCUUUAAAAAUUAUACUCUGGAUUCUGCAGCCUCUGCCCCCCCUGCAGCCUCAGUGCCUCCCCCUCAAGCUGCAGUUCCCUCACCACCAACUCAGCCUUCUCCUCAGGCUCCUGGCAGCUCUUAUCCUCCUCAUAUGCAGGUCACACUCCCUGCCUUGUCACCUACCAUGACAAUGGGCACAGUGCAGAGAUGGGAGAAGAAGGUUGGAGAGAAACUGAAUGAGGGAGACUUACUGGCAGAAAUUGAGACAGAUAAAGCCACAAUAGGCUUUGAAGUGCAGGAGGAAGGCUACUUGGCAAAAAUCUUGGUGCCUGAGGGAACAAGAGAUGUGCCAUUAGGAACAGCUCUCUGCAUCAUUGUGGAGAAAGAGUCGGAUAUUCCAGCCUUUGCUGACUACCAAGACACUGCUGUAACUGAUGUGAAGGCACAAGCUCCUCUUCCUCCUCCUCUUCCUCCUCCUCCUCCUCCACCAGUGGUGGCAACUCCUGCUGCAGCUCCUCCUCCCCAGCCUGCUGUUCCUUCCACUCCAGCAGUCCCCACGGCUGCGCCACCUCCCCGGAAAGGAAGGGUCCUGGUUAGUCCCCUGGCAAAGAAAAUAGCAGCAGAAAAAGGAAUUGACCUUGCCCAAGUGAAAGGUACUGGACCAGAUGGUAGAAUCACAAAGAAAGAUGUGGAGUCAUUUGUGCCACCAAAGGUUGCUCCAGCUCCAACACUAGAAGCGGUUCCUGCAGCUGCUGCAGUUGCAGCAGCACCAGCAGGGACCUUCACAGAUAUCCCUAUCAGCAACAUUCGGAGGGUCAUUGCUCAGCGGCUGAUGCAGUCUAAACAAACAAUACCUCACUACUACCUUUCUGUUGAUAUAAACAUGGAAGAAGUACUGGUGCUAAGGAAAGAACUAAAUCAGGAGGUCUCGGAUAACAUUAAGCUUUCUGUCAAUGACUUCAUAAUUAAAGCUUCUGCUCUGGCAUGCUUGAAGGUGCCUGAGGCAAAUUCUUCAUGGAUGGACACAGUUAUUAGGCAAAACCACGUAGUGGAUGUUAGCGUUGCAGUUAGUACUCCUGCAGGGCUUAUAACCCCUAUUGUGUUUAAUGCACAUAUAAAGGGCCUGGCUUCCAUUAGUAAGGAUGUGGUUUCUUUGGCAACUAGAGCCCGAGAAGGCAAACUUCAGCCUCAUGAAUUCCAGGGUGGUACUUUCACAAUUUCCAAUUUAGGAAUGUAUGGGAUUAAGAAUUUCUCUGCCAUAAUCAAUCCACCUCAAGCCUGUAUCCUUGCAGUUGGUUCCUCAGAGAAAAGGCUAGUGCCAGCUGAUAAUGAGAAGGGAUUUGAUGUGGCCAGUGUGAUGUCUGUUACACUUAGCUGUGAUCAUCGUGUUGUAGAUGGAGCAGUUGGAGCACAGUGGCUUGCUGAAUUCAAGAAUUUCCUUGAAAAACCAGUAACCAUGCUGCUAUAAUUUAACCAUUCAAGCAGAAUUUUCCUGGGUCACACUGUUUUGUUUUAAACAAGCUAUUUAGACGUUAGUGUUCAGACUUAUUAAAAGAGUUCCUUUUUUUUUUAUUUUAAAUAUGUAUUAUAUUAUCUGGUAAUGUUGUUACCAGUCUGUACAGAAAAAA